CGCAAAUAAAAGCUGAACUGCCUUACUGGUAAAAUUGAUAUUAUGCUGAGCUAAACAGCCAAAUAUUAUAUCAAUUUAUUCUCGAUUUGUUUGCUUUGCUUUAUUUACAAAAUGCAAUUUUAUUUUUUAUGGGCGUUUUUUAUUGGAAAUGCUUGGUUGUGUUUCGGGCAAACGAGAAAUGAGUCAACUGAGAAAGAGAAAAGCGAAGUGUCAGAGACUAAUCGUCAGAAGAAGAUGAGUGAGACGACCAAAGUGUUGAUUGGCCUCCUCAAGGACUACGACAGCCGUCUGAGGCCUGGAUUCGGAGGGGAGGCGGUGGGGGUGAAUGUGACCAUGAAUGUGGACUCCCUUGGACCCAUCAGUGAGACUGAAAUGAGCUUCAGAGUCGACAUCUCAUUUAGACAGAUGUGGUAUGACGAGCGACUUCGCUUCAUCACUGAAGAUAACGUGGACAUCACUCUGUCGCAUGAGUUCCUGCAGAAGAUCUGGGUACCAGACACUUACUUCCCAGAAUCACUCUCUGCCUCCAAACAGCAGGUGAUGGUUCCGAACAUCCUGCUGCGUCUCUCCCACACCGGCCAUGUACUGUACAGCAGCAGAGUGACUGUCAUCACCAAGUGUCCCAUGGAGCUGGAAAUGUUCCCCCUCGACACACAGGUGUGUAAGUUGAAUGUGGAGGCGUUUGGGUACACGUACAGUGAUCUGCGGCUGAACUGGAAGGACAAUGACUCAGUCAGUUUCUCCUGUCCCAGAAAUCUUCCACAGUUUAGAUUCAUCAACCACAAGACAGCGAAAUACGACCUCAUCUUUCCCACUGGCAGAUUCAGUGGCCUUGAACUCUACUUCUACCUGGAGAGGACACUGCUCUAUUACGUGUUGCAGACAUAUGCUCCCGCCAUACUCAUUGUGGGACUGUCUUGGGUGGGGUUCUGGGUGGACCCAAAGUGUAUUCCUGCGCGUGCUUCUCUCUCCAUCACCACUGUAUUGACCAUCAUCACCCUCAUGGGCACUGUGAACAGUCGACUGCCCAAGGUGAGCAAAGUGAAGGCGCUGGAUGUGUACUUCGGCCUCUGUUUCAUCUAUGUCUUCGGGGCACUGAUCGAGUUCGCAUGUGUGUGCUACCUGGACAAACACUUCAAAACCAAAAUUAGCCAGAAGGCAGCACAGGAGAAGGAGAAGAGUAUGGCUGAUGAGAAGGCGAGCCAGAACAGACAUCUCAUUCGCACCAUCGACAGUUUCGGAACUCCCAGAGAUCCUAGCCUUUAUAAGAAACAUCUAGUUUACAAAAAACCCAAACUGAACAGCAAACAAGAUAAGGAGAAGGAGAAGAGUAUGGCUGAUGAGAAGGCGAGCCAGAACAGACAUCUCAUUCGCACCAUCGACAGUUUCGGAACUCCCAGAGAUCCUAGAUACGGCUUCGAUGAUCCGGAAAGUCGACAGUCAUUUAUCCAGACAAAUCCCGAGAACCCACCUAAGCCGAAACGGACGCUGACCAGAUCCAUUUCGAGACAACUGGACAACAACAGAGUAGCCGCUUUCUUCAGAGGGGAACACAACGUGAACAUUCUCCACGUGGACAAUUAUUCACGUGUUCUGUUUCCAGCUACUUUCAUGAUAUUUAACAUAUUUUAUUGGGGCUACUAUCUCAAAAACAGUGCAAAAUCGGCCCCAACUUAAAUACUCAUAAUACAUUUUUAAAAAUUCAAUACGACUCAUCAUAACAAACUUAAUUGAAA